AUGGAAAAUUUCUGGAUGUAUCAGGUAGAUCGUCAACUUGGUGAUGAGUCUCCAGGCUCAGGCUCCACGUCCCCACAGGGGGCGGAGUCUUCCAGCCGUCCCCUGCCGCCACACGAGGGGAGCGACAGCUUUGAGUCUCCAUCUCCAGCCAGUAAAGAGUCAAGGAGAAGUCUUGCUUCAUUCCCGACAUAUGUGGAAGUACCAGGCCCAUGUGACCCAGAGGACCUCAUUGAUGGUAUUAUCUUUGCUGCUAACUACCUGGGAUCCACCCAGCUGCUGUCAGACAAGACGCCCUCCAAAAAUGUGCGCAUGAUGCAGGCUCAAGAGGCUGUGAGUCGCAUUAAGACGGCCCAGAAAUUAGCCAAAAACAGGAAGAAGGCUCCAGAAGGUGAAGCUCAGCCCAUGACGGAAGUGGAUCUCUUCAUCUCCACUCAGAGAAUCAAAGUGCUCAAUGCAGACUCACAGGAGACCAUGAUGGACCACCCUUUAAGGACCAUCUCUUACAUCGCUGAUAUUGGGAACAUCGUGGUGUUGAUGGCCAGAAGGAGAAUGGCUCGCUCUGACUCUCAGGAGAACAUGGAAGCCUCUGACCCUGCCCAGGACGAGAAGCGGCAAUACAAGAUGAUCUGUCACGUGUUUGAGUCUGAAGAUGCUCAACUCAUAGCUCAAUCCAUCGGCCAGGCUUUCAGUGUGGCGUACCAAGAGUUCCUGCGUGCCAAUGGCAUCAACCCAGAGGAUCUGAGCCAGAAAGAGUAUAGCGACCUCCUUAACACACAGGACAUGUACAACGAUGACCUCAUUCACUUUUCCAAGUCUGAGAACUGCAAAGAUGUUUACAUAGAAAAGCAGAAGGGAGAGAUUCUUGGGCUGGUGAUUGUAGAGUCGGGCUGGGGCUCCAUCCUUCCCACAGUUAUUAUAGCAAACAUGAUGCACGGCGGCCCGGCAGAGAAGUCAGGCAGGCUGAACAUUGGGGACCAGAUUAUGUCCAUCAAUGGUACUAGCCUGGUGGGAUUACCCCUCUCCACCUGCCAGAGUAUUAUCAAGGGAUUGAAGAACCAAUCCAGAAUAAAGCUUAACAUUGUGAGAUGCCCACCUGUGACCACUGUCCUCAUCAGAAGACCAGACCUGAGAUAUCAGCUGGGAUUUAGUGUGCAGAAUGGCAUUAUUUGCAGUCUCAUGAGAGGAGGGAUAGCAGAGCGCGGUGGGGUCCGUGUCGGCCACCGGAUCAUUGAAAUCAAUAGCCAGAGUGUUGUGGCCACCCCUCAUGAGAAGAUUGUACACAUUCUGUCUAAUGCAGUUGGUGAGAUUCACAUGAAGACUAUGCCGGCCGCCAUGUACCGCUUGUUAACAGCCCAGGAGCAACCAGUUUACAUCUAAAGCUACGACGCUUUCUCAAGCCUCCUGCCCCGUUGUCACCAGAUAUAACCUUAAUCUUGAUGUGAAAGUGUCAGGCCUGUGGACUGGUGACUGUGUGAUUGAAUCCACUGAAGCUCUGCUCAACAUGGCUCUCCAUGACUUCACUGCCUCCCCUGAGCUCUUCAUCUGUCCUUUUCUGUUGCUGUGAGUGAGAUUGCUGUGCUGUGUUGUUCCUCUCUGUGUGCACUGAAACGAAGCAGAGAGAGAGUGUGAGAAAUAUUUAAAGAGCCCCAUCACAGAAAAUGGCGUCCUAUUGAAACCAGAUACCGACUCCUGUGUGAUGUGAGCGUUAGGUGUACAAAAAGGAGUUUGCCUUACCAUUCUUUUUUGCUGUUAUUUAUUUGAGCUUGGCAGUCAUCAAGCGUUUUAGAUUCAACUUUGAGGAAUGUCGGAGGAAUAUGGUGAAAAUAGCAAACUGUAACUUUAAUACAUGAAAUGGAGUUUGAAUUGAAUUGGUCACAACUUAACUUACAGGAUGUUGAAUUUGAAUUUGAACGACAGGAAAAUACAUUUACUGAAUUGCAAUUUCAAAGACAUUAAGCAGGUAUUAAACUCAUAAAAUAACUUUUCUUAACUGAUUACAUUUUCAAUUAAUACAGCCACCAACAUUUUUAUUUAGUUCAAUUCAAACCCUAACCACAAAAUGUACUUUGACAAAAAAAUUUUUAUUUUUUUUUAAAGUGACAUCUUUUGACUGGACACUAUAAGUAAACUAGAGCAUUCUGAGAAUUGAGUUUUCCAAUUAUGGUCCAUAAAAUGAAAUUGAAUUUAUUUGAUGCAAUGUAUUAAAUAUACUUUCCAAACAUUGCUAAUUUUAUUUAAUGCUUCUAAAAAUAGCUCAUAUGUUGCAUCUUUGAUCAUAUUUAUAGGUAAUUGAUACCGAAACACAAAAUACACUUACAUUUCUUUAACUUUAGCUUAAAUUCAAAUCUGCAUCCUGUUUGCUUAGAAAUGGACCAAACCAUUGAGUCCUGCGAAAAGUUUUUUUUAAACAGUUCCUAUCAAAAUGACGAUGAGCUUUUUGCUUCAUAGGAAUGUCUAGUACACUUAGAGUAUAUAUAUAUAUAGUAGAGCACAUAGAAAUUGUGGAUGAAAUGCCUUACAGAAUGAUGAUGCCAUAUUUUAAAAGAAAGUGUUUUGGAAAUAUAUAUAGGCUAUGGAGACUUGAGAAUAGUUGAUGUUUGAAUGGGACACGUUUUGGACAACCUCUUUAAAUAAACACACAUAUAUUACAGUCAGGGGGAAGUGUCCUAAAAAUUAACCAUUGUGUUUUACUGUUUUUUUUUUAAUUGAUGUGCAAUAUUUUGUUGUUGUUGUUGUAAAUGAAAACAUUCCUUAUUUUUAUGCACAGAAAACCUUCCUUUUUGUCUUAAGCGUCUGUCAAUGAAAUAAUAUUGCAAAUUAAAUAUGCCCAUAUUAGUAGCAUUUUCUUUUAAACAUUUAUACUUGGAAAAACAAGUUUGUGUUGACAUUUUCAGGAUGGAUUUUUUGUCAUUACGGCCUUUUUUAACGAACUAAAUGUUUAAUUAAUGUGUGCUACUUUUUCACUUUUUUUCACUCAAGAACAGCAUGUGUCUUAACAGAACUGUAUUCACUCUCAGAAAGCUUCAAUCUGGUACAUUUGAGCUGGAUUUGCAAGUAUCCAGUAUACAGUUUUAAUAUAGAGCAUCUCAAUGUGAACCGAUUGAAAACUGACUGAAUUUCCAGAGAUUUACCCAAACAUUAUAGUACCAUCUGUGCAAGAACCUCAGCAUGCUUUGGCACAUCUCCAUUAUUUCUGAAGUCUGGCAAAUAUCACUAUAUGUGAUUUUGCAUCUGAAGAAAAAACAAUCAGAAAAUGUCUUCUCUCCACUCUAACCACUCUCCCCAUAUUUUACCAUUAAGUGUACUUGCCUGGAAUUCUUUUGAGAACACACUCGCUCGCACAUUUGCAAAGGUAUCUUUUACCAUCAAAUGAUUGUUACAGCAAUGUAUCACAAUCUGAUGACAUUUCUGCAGUUGAAUCUGUAUUGAUACUAGAAACUCUUUCAGACGUUACCAAGCUCCCUGUAAUUGUGGCGCUGAUAAGAAAAUACACUUCUCGUUGCUUACAAUGUGAAUUUCACCCCACAAUAUGACCUCAUUAGCACUGUAUUAUUUUACUAAUUGAAUCAAGUCAUUAACACAGAGGAAGGGCCUCAUGUUUUAUUGUUUUUUGGUGUGUGUGUAGCAUGAUCUUUUUGUAUGCAUUGCUAUUUAUUCUUGUAGUGAGUGUGAUGUGUGUGAUUACAAAUGACUUCAUCAUCAAAUAAAACCAGCUAGACACUUUCAUAUAUACAGUAUAUAUAAUAUUAUAUUUAUUUACAUGAUAUAUACAGUAUAUCCAAUGAAUAUAUACCAUGUGUACAAUGAUAAAAAAGGAAACUGCAAAAGUCUUUGACACCAGUGUUCUACUAUGUAAUGUGUUAUUUUUAAGGGGCAUCAUCACGUCAUGACUGAAAUCCGCAGGCUGAAUAACACUAACAGUUGCCAUUAUAAUGUAAUUGGUCUGCUACCACCAUGGCAUCUUCCCAUAUUCAUUGUAUGAGAUGUUGUCCAGUUUUACACCGAAAUGAAACAGUGACGGUUAUGUUUUUUGAGCUGUACUAUUAACGCAUCAUCCUAGUGUCCCAGACUUCUGCACUAUAACAGUACAAGACAUUCUGCGUCCACCUCAGAAUAAUGUACAAGCUUUAAUGAGGGAUGGAUUUAAUUAUUUAAUAAUGGAGAAGCAAAACAAGUAGCUUAAUGUGUUAUUAAUGACACCAGGUAUGAAAUAUCAGUGUACAUGAUAUGUAACCCUGGAUUUGCAGAGUAUUGGACGGAUUCUCACCUCAAGACUGUAGAUUGCAAGGCCUCAGCAGAGUGUGUGAUUCGUGCUGGAGUAGAAAAGAAACUGUGGGUUUGAUUAGUAUUUAUAAUGCACUUGCUCUGAAUGUAAUUACAAUUAUAUGUUUGUCACUGUCUAAAAGUAAAAACACACUUUCUGUAAAGCAAUAGCAAAGUUGAUUUAUUUGCUAGCUUCUCUGUGAUUGAACUAUUUAGACACAUUCCUUUACCAUAGCAGGAAUGUUUGUAACAGUAUUUACACUAUUAAACCAACUACUGAGAGCGUA